AUGUCUCAGAAGAAGCAGCCGACCCCUCAGCCCCCCGUGAGCUGCGGGAAGUCGUCUGGCGGCGGCGGCGGUGGCGGCGGCGGCGGCUGCUUCUCUAGCGGCGGCGGCGGCGGCGGCGGCUGUGGCGGCGGCGGCUACUCCGGAGGCGGCGGCGGCAGCUGCGGCGGCGGCGGCUCCUCGGGCGGCGGCGGCGGCUGUGGCGGCGGCGGCGGCGGCGUCAAGUACUCUGGAGGCGGCGGCGGCGGCAGCUGCGGCGGCGGCUACUCCGGAGGCGGCGGCAGCAGCUGCGGCGGCGGCGGCUCCUCAGGCGGCGGCGGCGGCUACUCCUGCGGCGGCGGGUCCUCGGGCGGAGGCGGCAGCUGCGGAGGCGGCUCCUCAGGCGGGGGCGUCAAGUACUCCGGCGGCGGCGGCGGCUCUGGCUGCGGCGGCGGCGGCGGCUACUCCGGCGGCGGUGGAGGCAGCAGCUGCGGCGGCGGCGGCGGCGGAAGUUCCGGCUCCUCCUGCGGCGGCGGCGGCGGCUCCUCAGGCGGAGGCAGCAGCUGCGGCGGCUCCGGCGGCGGAAGCGGAAGUGGCUGCUCUUCCGGCGGAAGUUCCGGCCAGCAGGUCACGUGCCAGAGCUACGGCGGCAGCUCCUCAGGCGGAGGCGGCGGCGGCUGCGGCGGCGGCUCCUCGGGAGGAGGCGGCGGCUACUCCUGCGGCGGAGGCUCCUCGGGAGGCGGCGGCGGCUCCUGCGGCGGCGGCUCCUCAGGGGGCGGCUCCUCUGGAGGCUGCGGGGGAGGUUCCUCUCAGCAGACCACCCAGUCCGCCUGCGCGCCCAGCUUCGGAGGCGGCUCCUCAGGAGGCGGCUGUGGAGGCGGCUCCUCAGGAGGCGGCGGCGGCGGCUGCGGCGGCGGCGGCUCCUCCGGAGGCUGCGGCGGCGGCUCCUCUGGAGGCUGCGGCGGCGGCGGCUCCUCUGGGGGCUGCGGCGGCGGCUCCUCAGGAGGCGGCGGCGGCUCCUCUGGCGGCUGCGGCGGCGGCUCCUCCGGCGGCGGCUCCUCCGGGGGCGGCAAGGGCGUCCCCGUGUGCCACCAGACCCAGCAGAAGCAGGCGCCGUCCUGGCCUUGCAAAUAA